AUGGACACAAUUACUCGUCAACAAAUUAUCAUAUUGGAUAUAGAAGGAGUUUUGUUCAAGACGCGGAUUUCGACACUCAUUUCGGUUCCUGGAGGGUAUUUUGCGAGGAUUCUGGGCAAAGAUUGGAGUCGCUUGCUGGAUAAAGAUGGUCGUCUUUUCUUGGAUCGAGAUGCCACCGUUUUCCCCGUCAUUCUCAACUUUCUUCGUGAUGGGAAUAAAAUCCCAUUGCCAUCCGAAGAAUAUUUUCUUCAGCGAAUUCGCCACGAGGCAAACUAUUAUGGACUACUUGAGCUAGUCGAGAGAAUUGAUCGUAUUUUACCGGGGAAACCAAUGUUGAUCAAAGAGUUGACUCAAAAGCCGACUUCUUCAAAAACGGAGAUCAAAAAUGGAGCUGGUCGUCGUCGAUCCUCCGAGGAUCCCAUACUACCAACAAAAAGCGACUCGAAAGUCCUCAAAAAGACGGAUAGCAUCACACAAAUUAGUCUACCAAAGAACUUUGCUCAUGUGGCUCACGUUGGAUGGAAUGGCGAUGGGAUGAUCUUUGAAAAGCACUUGUUGGGUGAUGAAGAAGCUGUGAGGAAGAUUAUUCAAGCCGCUGCACAAAACGCCGAUGAUACACCAAUUUACAAUGUGAUCAAUGGAGCCUCUGAAGAAUAUGGAAGUCACUCAAUUGAAGUU